AUCAGUAGUAGUGGCACAUAACGUAUAAUAAGACUUGUAUUAAUGUUAUGAUUUGUAUUCAUAGUAAAUGUUAGUUACAAUGGCAAAUACAGGUUUAUUGCCAUUUGUUCGUGGUGUAGAUUUCACAUGCAAUGAUUUUAGCGGUGACAAAUUUCCCGACGCUAUACGAUAUAUGACUGGGCUUCAAUGGCUAAGACUCGAUAAAACUAAUUUAACUGAUAUUCCCGAAGAAUUAGGGAAACUUAUGAAAUUGGAAAAUUUGUCUCUCAAGAAGAAUGAUUUAGAGAAGUUAUUUGGUGAGCUAACUGAAUUGAAAUGUUUACGGUCUCUAAAUGUGAGACACAACAAAGUGAAAAGCUCAGGUAUCCCUGCAGAACUGUUUCGGUUGGAAGAGCUCACAACACUGGAUCUGUCCCAUAACAGAUUGAAGGAAGUGCCUGAAGGUCUUGACAAGGCAAAGUCUCUACUAGUUCUGAACCUUAGUCAUAACAAGAUUGAAAGUAUACCACCAACACUAUUUGUACAAUUGACUGAUCUUCUGUUUCUUGACUUGUCUAACAACUUAUUAGAAACUCUACCACCACAGACAAGGAGACUGGCAAAUCUACAGACUCUGAUACUAAAUGACAACCCUUUAGGUCUUUUCCAGUUGAGGCAACUGCCCUCAUUGCAGAGUCUAGAGACUCUGCACAUGCGCAACACACAGCGGACUCUUGCCAAUUUGCCUACCUCUCUCGACACACUAGCUAACUUGUCAGAUGUGGAUUUAUCGAAGAACUCUUUGACUAAAGUUCCAGAUGCACUGUACUCUUUGCAAAACUUAAAGAGGCUGAAUCUUAGUGAUAAUGAAAUUACAGAAGUGUCUUCUGCGAUGGACAUAUGGCAAAAACUAGAGAGUCUGAACCUCUCUCGAAAUAAGCUAACCACUCUCCCUGCGUCUUUGUGCAAACUGCAGAAUUUGAGAAGACUGCAUGUUGACGAUAACAAAUUGGACUUUGAGGGAAUCCCAUCUGGUAUUGGGAAACUCGGAAAUUUAGAAGUGUUCUCAGCAGCCAAUAACCAACUGGAAAUGAUACCUGAAGGCCUAUGCAGAUGUGGUUCCCUAAAGAAACUCAAUUUGAGCUGCAACAAGCUGAUCACGUUACCCGACGCUAUACACCUGUUGAGCGACCUGGAGAGCCUGCAACUCCACGACAACCCCGACCUGGUGAUGCCCCCGAAGCCUGUGGAAAGACCCAGGGGCGCCGGCCUGCAGUACUACAACAUUGACUUCUCUCUGCAAGCACAACUGCAGUUAGCAGGCGCCGCUACUACGGAACCUACUACGCCUACCAGCGUGAAGUCGGACCCGAUAGCACGCAAGCUGCGGCUGCGACGCGGCCGCGCCGAGCCCGAGCAGCGCGACUCGGCGCUCAUACUGCGCGGCAUGCAGGAGCAGGCCAACACGCAGCACACCGACCAGCGGCCAGACCAGCGCAACAGCGAGCUCAAGCCCAAGCGCUGGGACGAGAGUUUGGAGAAGCCACCAUUGGACUAUUCAGAGUUCUUCGACGAGGAUACCGGUCAGACGCCAGGCCUGCAAAUCUGGGAGAUUGAGAAUUUUAUACCCGCCCCCGUUGAAGAGGUUGCGUAUGGGAAAUUCUUUGAGGGUGACUGCUACAUCGUACUGAAGACAUUCUUAGAGGAACAAGGGCAGCUUUCGUGGGAUAUACACUUUUGGAUUGGCUCAAAGGCUACUCUAGACAAAGGCGCAUGCGCGGCGAUGCACGCGGUGAACCUGCGCAACCUGCUGGGCGCCAAGCGCACGCAGCGCCACGAGCAGGGCGACGAGACGCCCGACUUCCUCGCGCUGUUCCCCACGCCGCCCGUCUACAUACAGGGCAGCCACACGCCCUCCGGCUUCUUUACCGUCGACGACCCGCACUACGUGCGGCGAUUGUACCGCGUGGAGAGCGCAGGCAGCGGGCUACGUCUGCAGCCGGUGCCUCCGCGAGCUCAAGAACUCGAUCCCAGAUACGUCUUCUUACUCGACGCCGGCCUCACUAUAUUCUUGUGGAAUGGUAAAAAGGCAAAGAACACACUAAAGUCUAAAGCUCGACUGUUCGCCGAGAAAAUGAACAAAGAAGAGAGAAAGAACAAAGCUGAAUUGAUCGCAGAGCCUCCUGGAAAAGAGCCCCGGAUCUUCUGGGAAACAUUGGAAUAUGAAGACGAGACACCGUUUAUGCCGCAGGAACAUGUGCCGGAGGACGUGCUGUGGCUUCCGCCGCGGCUGUACCGUGUGGAGCUGGGCAUGGGCUACUUGGAGCUGCCGCAGCCCGAGGCGAGCCUCACGCGACACGUGCUUGCCACCAGGAACGUCUACAUACUGGACGCACACAUUGAUGUCUUCGUCUGGUUCGGCAAGAAGUCGUCGCGGCUAGUGCGCGCGGCAGCAGUGAAACUGGCGCAGGAGUUGUUCAAUAUGGCGCCGCGCCCAGAUCAUGCGCUAGUUACCAGGCUGCAGGAGGGCACCGAGACGCAGGUGUUUAAAACAUACUUCGCCGGGUGGGACGAAGUGAUCGCCGUAGACUUUACCCGUACUGCGGAAUCUGUUGCCCGCACCGGUGCUGAUCUCGCCAGCUGGGCUAAGCAGCAGGAGACCAAGGCAGACCUGUCAGCUCUGUUCACUCCCCGCCAGCCACCGAUGCAGCCGUCCGAAGUCAAAACACUGUCAGACGAGUGGAACGAAGACUUGGAGGCGAUGGAGGCGUUCGUGCUAGAGGGGCGACACUUCGUUCGGCUGCCAGACCACGAGAUCGGCAUAUUCCACAGCUGCGACUGUUACGUGUUCUUAUGUAAAUACAUCAUGCCCGCCGAGCCAGAAGAUGAGAGCGAUGCGUCGAACGAAGCGGAAGAGGCGGAGUCUGAGUGCGUGUCGUGGGUAGUGUACUUCUGGCAGGGCCGGCGCGCGCCCAACAUGGGCUGGCUCACAUUCACCUUCGGCCUCGAGAGGAAGUUCAAACAGCUGUGCAGACGCCUAGAUGUCGUGAGGACUCACCAGCAGCAAGAGAGUCUCAAGUUCAUGGCACAUUUCUAUAGGAAGUUCAUUAUUAAAGAUGGCAAGAGGAAUACUAAACCCGAGGGUGGGCGACAACCGGUGGAGUUGUUUGAACUGCGCAGCAACGGAUCUGCACUCUGUACGCGCCUCAUACAAGUGAAGGCAGACGCCGCGCAGCUCAAUAGUGCUUUCUGUUAUAUAUUAAACGUACCACUGGAGGGUUCAAACGACACAUCGUCCGCUAUAGUCUACGCGUGGAUCGGCAGCAAGAGCGAUGCGGACUCAGCGCGACUCAUUGAACAAAUCGCCGAGGAGAAGUUCAAUAAUCCCUGGGUCAGCCUGCAGGUACUAACGGAGGGCAGCGAGCCCGACAAUUUCUUCUGGGUGGCGCUGGGUGGUCGAAAACCGUAUGACACCGACGCCGACUACCUCAACUACACCCGUCUCUUCCGGUGUUCCAACGAGAAGGGAUACUUCACAGUGUCCGAGAAAUGCACAGAUUUCUGCCAGGACGAUUUAGCUGAUGACGACAUCAUGAUUUUGGACAACGGCGAGCAAGUUUUUCUAUGGCUUGGAGCCAAGUGCUCCGAGGUGGAAAUUAAACUUGCAUAUAAGUCAGCACAAGUGUACAUUCAACACAUGAAGUCAAUGCAACCAGACAAACCACGGAAACUGUUCCUCACCUUAAAAGACAAAGAGUCGCGACGUUUCACCAAGUGCUUCCACGGUUGGGGCGAGCACAAGAGGCCGCCUGAGUAAACAAAUUGAUCUGCAUUUAAUAAACCAAAAAAUUUUUUAACAUCAAGACAAAUUGGUUAGUUAAUCCAAUCCUAUAUAUAUAUAUAUACUUGUUUUUAGUAUUACCUUAUCCAUCAGUGCUUACUGUUGGUAGAAUUUACUACUAAAUACUUUGAAAAUUGGAAUUGAACCAUUGUUUUCAAUUUUGAAGAAUAAUUUUAUUACAUAAAAUAGGUAGGUAUAUAUGUUGUAAUUUGAAAACAAUGUAAGUAACCAACGAAACUUUCGGUAGAUACAUUUCCAAAGAACAAUACGCCACACGUUGCUAUCUAAAACUAUUUUAUAUAUACAACUGCAAAAACAUUAUCACUUGUUAAAAGUACAAGAGUACUGGAAAAAAAAAAAAACUAAGAAAAUUAAUAUUGAAAAAUACCCGUACUAUUGAUAUUAUUAUAUUAAAUAGUAGCAAAGGAAUGGUCAUACCAUUGGUUUGCUUUAUACCAUUUUAUAUCAUUAAAUAAUGCAGUAUUAGUCAAUGUAAAAUGUAUAUUAUGACAUGUAUGCUUUUAAUUUUGUAUCUGGUUAAAGUUCGCCCAACCAAAGCGACGACAAAGUAUAAGCGUUUGCCGUGCGGCUCUAUCUAUGAUAGCUUUUAAGACCAACAUCGUCAAAAAAAUUGUCUAAGGGCGCCAAAUAGGUUAAUUUGGGCAACCCUACAUAAAAUUAUUAUGACAAGCAUCUCAGAGCACGCAUACACAGACUAUGUAAUAUUCUAUUAUUUGCUCAUGCUAUAAACUUUUAUUAGUCUAAUUGGUUAUCCACAAUUAACUGAAUGACAAUGAACUAACUUAUUAUAAUUAAAUAAUGUCAGUUCAAUAAGUAAAUAUUAAAUGAGAUUGACGCAACUGACAGGAAUGAUUUAUUCUUUAAGGUUUUGUAAUAAUAGUUUAUACCUUUUCAUAAACAAGAUGUUACAAAGAAUAAACAGUAUUACGAGUAUAUACAAUUUACACGUUAUUAGUUCUUCUAUUAAUAUACUUUAAUUCAAUUCAUUUGAAACCGUUUUAUUGCUAUAUAAAUACUUGAACACUAAAACAUACAUUUCUGUUAUAUAAUUAAUCUCAAUUCCAACACACACACACAUAUAUAUAUAUAUAUCCGUCAGUAUUCUACAACUAUGACGAUAUAUUUACAGAUUGGUCCCAUAGAAGUUUUAUCAAAAUUCAGUAAUUUACUUUUAAAUCAAAAUAAUUAGUUUUCUCACAAUUGAAGUCGGUUUAUAUAUAUAUAUAUAUAAUGUUUGGGGGGUAUCAUGGGUGAAACAGUACACUCUGUUAUAUCGAUGGUACUGCUCAUGUCUAUAAGAGUCAGUUACCACUUUUCAUCAUGUGGGCCAUCAGCUUGGUUACUAUUCAAAUUUAUAUAAAAAAAUGUAUUAAUAAAUACUUAGAACAACUUUCAUAAUGUUCCAAAUUUACCCUGUUCAACUUAUAAAGACCUCAUAUUAAUAUACCAAUAUGUUACCAAUUGGCCAUAGGCUUUCUCUCCAUAAAAUGGGGCAUAAAUAUCAUACUGCUCAGUGUGACAAUGUAGCACAAAACAUAUUAUUUGUAUGAUUUAUUUCAAUGUUGAUUAGCAUAGUACUCCUUAACAUUGAAUAUAUUUCAAAAUCUUAAUUAUUUGCAUUUAAAUCACUAUAGAAUCACAGUAACAAUUUAGUUUUUACUGUAUAGGGAAUGUGGAAAAUGACUACAAUGGAAUUGAAAGACUGAUAUCAUGCCAUUUUUUCAAGUCAUUUAUUUAACAUUUUCACUUAUAAAAUAUUAUGCAAUACAGACUUUAAUUUUGGGGCACAAAAUUCUAUUCACUGUAUUUAAUUACAGUUGUCAAUGAGAAGUAUGCCAUAUGUAUUGAUAUACAAUAAAACCUUAGAUGUAUGACCAACAAAAAGUGAUAUAAAAAUUGGCACAGAAAAUACAGGAUAUUGAACCAUAUUAUACACUCAUUUCUAACCAACUAUUGAUUAUACUAAAAUGUUGCCUAAAUAUUGAAUUUUUUAUUUACAGUAAAUAUUUGACUUAAUUUACAUUCAAGACAAUGUUUAAAGUAACUUUUAUAAUUAUGAAUCUCAGGUUUUAAUUAUAUCAAAACAUGUUAAUAUUUUCACAAUGAAAACAUUAAAUCAGGUCAAGUUAAAUUAUGUUCUAUACAACACAAGUUAUAUUCUAAUAAUAAUAACAAAAAAUACAAUAGUAAUAAACAUCAAAGGUAAUCUCACUGCCUAUCCUAUGACUAAGACUUGGUGUGAAAAUAAAAUCUAAUUAAAUAUAUGAUUUUGUCCCAAGAUUAACAGUCUGGUAAAUUUAAAUGUUUUUAUCAUACAUAGCAUUGCCUAUAUAAAUCAGAGUAAUAUUUGACUAGAUUUACAAAGAUUUUAUAUUACUCUACAUGGAAUUUAUACAUGCAUUUUAUCAUGAUGCAUUCAAAUAUUUAUUACCUAAUAUUUUAUUUAGAUGUAUAUAGUAAGCUGUUGCUGAAGUAGAUUCGAAGUUAGAUUUUUGACACUGUAAUUCUUGUAUAUCAAUUUAUGUAAAUAUAGAGAAAUUCUAUAAUGCCACUAAUAUAUAUAAAUUAAUUAAUGUUCAAUUAUUAAAUAUGAUAAGUGCAAUAUUUGAUUGAAAUGCUUGAGCUCAAACUAAAGUAAUAGAGAUUUUUGUAACAAACCUAUACUAAUAAAAUUUUAUAACAAA